GUGGCCUUCGUUCCUCGGGACUAGCAGAUAUCAAGCAUAGCAGCUUACUAGCAUCUAGCAACACUGUCCCAUGGCUUGGCCCCAAGGGAAACUGAUGGAUCCAAUCAGAAGCCCGAUCGCUGCAACUUCAUCUUUUCAUCAGUCAGCGGUGAAGCAUCUCCAGCAAGGCGUCAUCUUGGCUCACAGGAAUGGAAUUAGCAGGAGGUGCCUCCUGACGCUGCUGACAUCCACUGCAGCCAUACCAGACAGCAGUGAAUCAAGGAAGGCUCUACUGCAAGAGUAUCUGAAGAAAUCAAAGGAGAACAAGGAAAAGAAUGACAAGGAGAGGCUGGAUGACUACUACAAGAGGAAUUACAAGGACUACUUCGGGCUCAUCGAGGGCCCGGCCAGAGAGAAGAAAGAAGAGGAGCGCACAGAGUCGGAGAAACGUAUCCUCGAGUGGCUUGACAAGAACAAGUAGUCAGUACCAGGAGAAGGGUGCUGAAAUUCUCACAGCCUUCUUCCAGUUCUUGCUGUAGGCUAUAGCUAUGGCGCUGUGUAAGAAGCAUGUUGCUUGCAGGUCAUACUUUUUUUUCAAUACAAAAUUGACUCACAAUCCACGAAUAGCAAAUAGAGCCGAAGCUGGAAGAUAUCCCAUGCAGCAAUCGUGUGGCUCGCCAUAUGCUGCACUUGGUAUGAGGGUAUGAGCAUGUGACACAAACCAUGAGAUAUAUAAAUUUUAAGAAAACAAUGAAACAA